AUGGUUGAGUUUGUCACAGAUGCUUCUGGAUCUGCACCAGGUUUCCUUGCUUCCUUCAGCACUGUACAAUGUGGUGCUACGUUAAGGAAUAAAACUGGCACAUUCACAACUCCCAAUUACCCUUCAGAUUAUCCAAUCAAUAUAGACUGUCUAUGGGUUUUGAGAGGUCCAGUUGGGAGCAAGGUUACAGAUAUCUUCAGUUGCUCACAUGUAGCAGUCACAUUAAUCAGUCUCGAAAAUGUGUCCUCACCAUUAUUCCUCAGACAAAAAGGAAGCAUUUUAAAAAGAGUAUCUAGGUCUGAUGGAUGUCGACGCAGCGUUGGAAGAACGGAACAUAAAGAAAAAGAAACCACCAUCAUGACUGACAAUGCUGCUAUUAUGAUCUAUGUGGUACAGGUGAUGCACGUUGCAAACUUUUUCCACCAUAGUGGUACACCUAGCCACUUAAUUAAAGAGAAGCAACAUUUAUUGGACUUGCCAACACACAAACUUGGGAUUGUUACCACAAUGGAACAGUCCACUGGAAAUGCUAGAAAGGUUUCUGGACCAACAGCCAGCUAUGUCAGCGCAUAUUUUUCGGGCGCAAGGUUUUCUACAUGGAAUGCCAAUAAUCCAGGACUCUUUGCUGGAGAAAGGUGCAGUCGCGGAGUACGUGGUUGCGUUCCUCGGAAAUCACGUGCUGUCCCUGCGCGCCCGGAAUCGGGGAGCAGGCAGCGUGUCAUUCUAGAGCGGAUCACUUGUCGUUUUCCAGAUUUAAAGCCAGGCCUAUUGGAGAAAAUCACCAUCACUAGUGCAAUGACUGACUUUUAUUCCAAAGCCUGCAUUCAGUUUAUUCCAUGGACUAAUCAAAAAGAUUAUGUCAGUAUUGAACCACAAAAUGGGUGUUGGUCUUCUGUGGGAAAGGUUGGAGGGAAGCAAGUGGUCUCACUGCAACGUGACACCUGUCUCUUUAAAGGAGUUAUUCAACAUGAACUUAAUCAUGUACUGGGCUUCUUACAUGAGCAGAGUCGCAGCGAUCGUGAUCAGUAUGUCCGUAUUAACUGGGAGUACAUCAGUCCUGAAUAUGUCAGCAACUUUGGAAAGAUUAACACGAACAACCUGGGCACCCCUUAUGACUACUCAUCAGUCAUGCACUAUUCUAGGGAUGCUUUCUCAAACACAACAAAUGAAUACACUAUCACUCCUAUCCCAAAUCCCAAUGUGACAAUUGGACAGAGGAUUGGCCUGAGUUCUAUGGAUAUCCAACGUAUAAACCUUCUGUACAAGUGCAAUUCCUGUAGCACUUCUAUGAUUGAAAAAUCAGGAAAUUUUAGUUCUGCUAACUACCCAAGUCAGUAUCCUGCCAACUCCAGAUGUUACUUUACAAUUCAGCUUCCAGCAGACAGGGUCCUGCUGCAGUUCAACAGUUUCAGUGUGCAAAGAUCUCCAGGAUGCACUACAGAUUAUGUCAGACUAUUUGACGGUUCCAGUAGGCGCUCCCCAGUCAUAAUGAACAACACCUGUGGAAGUGGUCCUGUUAUUCCCAUUAUUAGCAGUACCAGUGCAAUGCUGGUGGAGUUUGUCACAAGUGCCAAAGGCAAAGGAACUGGUUUUACUGCUUCAUAUGCCAGCGUGCAAUGUGGUGGCAAUAUGAACAGUAUGAGCGGAACAUUUGCAACACCAAAUUAUCCUGACGUGUAUCCUGUUAAUGUUAUUUGUGACUGGAUCAUCGUUGUUCCUGCAAAGAAAAAGAUACAGUUACAGAUAUCGCCAUUCAAUGUUGAAUUUGCACCCGGCUGUAUCUACGACUAUUUGGUGGUAUUCGAUGGGCCCUCCCUCAACUCGCCUAUCUUGAACAACAAGUACUGUGGCAUCUACUCAAGCCUGACAUUGACCUCCUCUCGAAAUGUGGUGGUGGUGCAGUUCUACAGCGAUUCCUCUGAUGUCUUCCCUGGCUUUAAUGCUACAUACACAGCCAUCUAAGUGGCACUCUGACCCCCUUAUUCAGAACGCUUGUGCCUUUGGAAACUCUACAAUGUAGAAGACCUUGUUAAGAAAAGUUUUACUUAUAUGUUGCUUUGGUUGCAUUAUGUAAACAAAUAUUUUUAAUGUUUUUGUAAUUUAAAUGUGUUUUUUUUUUAAAUAAAUGUUUGCUAAUCUAAUUUCUAGCAGCUCAAUGACUAUCCACUUACACCUUG